AUGGAUACGCCUACCAAUGAUGGCAGCCAGGCCGCCAGACCCAAGAGGGCAGGACGUACGAAGCUGGAGAUGAAGAGAAUAGAGAAGCUGGAGAACAGACAAGUUUGCUUUUCGAAGCGGAGGAGCGGCAUAUUCAAAAAAGCCGGCGAGCUGAGCAUCCUUUGUGGUGCGCAGAUCCUCGUCAUCGUCUUCUCCAUGACCAAUAAGGCCUUCGUCUUCGCCACUCCCUCCGUGGAAUCUGUCAUCAAGCGAUUCUCCGAUCCUAAAUCUCACGUGCCUCCAGGCAGGGACGGUGGCGAGGAUGUGGUCCAACAGGCCCUCUUACGCGAGCACAAUGAGCUUGUCGAGCAGAUGGGAAGCGAGAAGAAGCGUCGUGCCGCGUUGAUGAACCGGCGGCGGAGGUUGCUGGAGAGCGGCCGGAAUGGGGACUUGUGGUUCGCCGACGUGAAGAACCUUGCGUUUGAGCAGCUGCAGGAGUUCAUGGCCCAACUGCAGCAGAUGAAGGCGACGCUGGCGAACCGCGAAGCCGAUCUCACGUCGAGGAUGGCCGUCAUGCCGCUACCCUUGGCAGCGACGCCCCAGCCUUCUGCUUCUACUGCCGGCCCAUCGGCGUCGGCGAAUCCUUUUCCUUCUCCUUCUUUUGGCUCAAUGCAGGUCCCCCCGGCCGCCAUGCACGAGCCUUCCGCUUCUACUGCCGGUCCGUCGGCGCCGCCAAUUCCUUUCCCGUUUCCUUCUUUCAACUCAUUGCAGGUCCCCUCGGCCGCCAUGCACCAGCCUUCUGCUUAUACUGCCGGUUCGUCGGCGCCGGGGAUUCCUUUUCCUUCUCCUUUGCUGGACUCAAUGCAGGUCCGUCCAGCCACUACGCUCCAGCCUUUUGCUUCUACUGCCGGCCCGUCGGCGGAGGGGGUUCCAUUUCCUUCUCCUUCCUUGCACUCCAUGCAGGUCCUUCCCGCUGCCAUGCACCAACUUUUCGUUGCUGGCGGUGCUGCAGGCGUUUCCACUUUGCCGUUUUUGUUUCCUACCUCCUCCUCGUCGUUUAUGGGUAGCAACGGCAAUAACCCCGGCUACGGUGACCUUGUCUACAUGAAAGGCUACAGCGGCCGGCGGAGCCGCCAUUGA